GCUGAGCUGACAUGCAGCUGACACUCAACACCGCCGCUGGACAGACAUGCUGAAGCUACUCUUACUGACAGUCCUCGCAGCCCUAGUGCUGGCAGAGCAGGAGCCGGAGCCUCGCUUCCUGGAGGACCUGGAGGACAGUGUGGAGGGGAGAGUGGUGGGUGGUGAGGUGGCUAAACCCAACUCCUGGCCCUGGCAGAUCUCUCUCCAGUUUAAGUCUGGCAGCUCCUACCGUCACACCUGUGGAGGAAGUCUGAUCAGGAGAGGCUGGGUGAUGACUGCUGCUCACUGUGUGGACAGCCAAAGGACUUGGCGUGUGGUUGUCGGCGAUCACAGCAUCUCCAAACACGAGGGCAAUGAGCAGUACAUCUCCGUCAGCAGGGUGUACGUACACCCCAACUGGGUGUCAAACCGCAUCAACAACGGGUGGGACAUCGCUCUGCUGCGCCUGUCCUCUGAUGCUACUCUCAACUCCAAGGUCCAGCUGGCCUCCCUCCCCCCCUCUGGACAGGUCCUGCCCCACAACAACCCCUGUUACAUCACCGGCUGGGGACGCACUUCCAGUGGUGGCUCUACAUCUGACCUGCUGAAGCUGGCCUAUCUGCCUGUGGUGGACCACAAGACCUGCUCUCUUGGCAACUGGUGGGGUGGUGGGGUCAAGACCUCCAUGGUCUGCGCUGGAGGCGGCAGUCUGUCUGGAUGCCAGGGUGACUCUGGAGGCCCCUUGAACUGCCAGGUGAACGGCAAGUACGUGGUCCACGGCGUGACCAGCUUCGUGUCCAGUCAGGGCUGCAACGUCCAGAGGAAACCCACCGUGUUCACCCGCGUGUCCAACUACAUCAGCUGGAUGGACGGGAUCAUGAGAUAGAGCCAAGGAUCAGACCUGAGGCUACUGCGACAUCAUGACCACCAGCACCAAGACAGCCUGUUUACACCUCCUCAGGCUCGUCUGGAGAUGAUGCAGCAGAAGUUGCGAGAUGUCAUACACAUUCUCGAAUAAAAUGAUAUUCCUAUUCCCAA